AUGGGGAAAGCUGCCGCCACGGGGACUGGCAAGGGGAAGCUCUGUGACGCCUCCCCUUUAGACGGCACCAGGAGCAACUCCAGAUCCCUUGGCCUUCCAACCCCCGGUGCUUCUACUGCUUCUCAGCCUAGGGCCUCAAAUUCUGCUUCUAGAUCAGUGCCCAGUAAACCUCAGGAGGGCUCCAAAUCUUUUGAAUUCGUCUUGGUCACAGAUACAGAGUCCCGAAGACAGGUACGGCGCCAUGCUAUGCGCCAGUAUAUGCGCCAGCGACGUCUGGAAGGUAUAGCACGACUUGAAUCAUCUCGUGCUCAGGUUAGGGGCUGGGGCAGAAGUGGCAGCCCGGCGACUGGAACUAAUCUGUCUCCAUCCUCUUCCAGAAUUGAAGAACUAGACGACGAUGAAAAUGCAACGGAUCUUAGGAGCAGUUCCAGCGAUUCUAGUCGGGGUAGUGUUGGUCCUGCCGAGCCAGACAUCCCAAUAAUGAGAGAUGAUGAGAAUCUAACCAAUCAGGGAGAUGAGAUCAUCUCGGCUCUUCUACAGGAUAUUUACUCCUCAGAUCCCAAGGCAAUGCCAGGUGCGGGAUGUUUUGAUCCUUUCAACAGCUAUCCGUUGAAGUUGAAUCGUCCUGAUCAAAAUUUGAUACACCAUUUUGUCACUACAUAUCCCAUGAUGAUGUAUAAAAUGGGCGAUGCACACCAAAAAAACCCAAUAAAAGAUAUAUUUCGCCACUUGACUUUGCAUGAUCCAACCCCUUUUCAGGCGAUGCUCGCUAUUUCAUCAAAACACCUAGCUGGCGUGGAAGGCCGUAACGAAUCGGUCCAAUCACUUACCCACAAAAUGCGAGCCUUGAGGAUGUUAAACGAAAGAUUGCAAAGUGAUGCAGGCGGGAAGCACGAUGGUACAAUCUAUGCCGCGGCGACAAUGGCAGUGAUCGAGAAAUGGUCAAAGGACCGGGACGUUGAACGGAUGCAUAUUCAAGGGAUUGAACAACUGCUGCGACGACGGGGAGGUAUGAGCGGUAUGCGGGCCACCAGCCCGUUUCUAGAAAAUGUUUUAUAUUGGGUUGAUCUGAGUUGUGCCCCAAGGGCUAUUGUGGCAGCCAGUUUGCCCUGGACGGGAGAUAUACCUGACACAGUGCCUUCGACUCUCCCAUACUUGUCUCCUAAACUUCAUAUACCUCUGACACCACACCAUCAUGUUUUGGGCACAGAUCCGCAAGAAAUUGCUGGCAUACUGCAAGCAUGCGAGGAUUUCCUUGCCUUUUUCCGCUCCCUUAAUGCGUUACAGCAUUCCCUUAUUUCCACCCCGCUUCCCGUUCCUCUAGAUCUCAACCAUGAAGGUCAAGCCUUUCGAAGUCAAAAACGCAAUCUUUUUGACGCUUCAACAACCCUGUUUUCUAUUCUCACCACUCUUCCCGAUUACGACCAUGGGAUACGCGACGUUCGCUUUAUAGAUGAGUAUACCUGUAUGGCUUGCUUAUUCUACCUUAACACCGCUUUGUACGACUCAUAUCUUAACUCUCAAAACUUUGACCACUACCUCGAAUGGGUUAAUCUAGAGCUUAAAGAGAUUAACCCGUAUUCGAACCCUAGUAUCUCGUCAUUAUUAUGGGUCUUUAUGGGGAACGGGGGAUUUAUGGCUAAUAGGCCAUCUGACAAAGGUGAAAGAAGCUGGUUCGUAUCGCGAAUGGUGCGGGUAGCUAAGCGAUUAGAAUGGAAACAACGUGGCACAUUAUGGGAUAAUCUUCGCGACACUCUACUUGGGUUUUUAACUACCCAACAGGAAUGUGGAAUCGGGAGCGAUCAGGUUGGUGAAGCAGAAAUAUUCUCUCGCAAAAAUUGCCCUGGUUUACUAUGGGAUGAGGAUGAGAUGCGAAAGCACAUUCUAGGGCCUCUAUACACCGGCCUUCCCACCUUUUCUAUGGCUCCUAGCUACGAAAGCUCGAGCUAUACUCUGGAGCCUUUAACAACCGCUGGCGAUAUUAAACCGCCAACUUUCGAAUUUCCAUGA